CCGGCUCCUCAACACAAACUUUCCGUCCCGCUCGCUCCCUCCUCCGCGCCCGGCGCUUCCCGCUCCAGCCCGGCUCAUUCCGCACAUUCCGGCCAGCCCCCUCCCCACGACCCCCCUUCCCCGGCCCCCCUCUCCGCUCCCUCGGGCCCGGCGGAGCCGCCCGGCCGGAGCGCCCCCGCGAGAUCGGACCAGGCUCAGGCUGCCCAGUGGGCUCAGGCCCGGAGCCCAGAGCAACCAGCACAAUAGCGUCCAACAGCUGGAAUGCCAGCAGCAGCCCCGGGGAGGCCCGGGAGGAUGGGCCCGAGGGCCUGGACAAGGGGCUGGACAACGAUGCGGAGGGCGUGUGGAGCCCGGACAUCGAGCAGAGCUUCCAGGAGGCCCUGGCCAUCUACCCACCCUGCGGCCGCCGCAAGAUCAUCCUGUCGGACGAGGGCAAGAUGUACGGUCGCAAUGAGUUGAUCGCACGCUAUAUUAAAUUGAGGACAGGAAAGACCAGGACGAGAAAACAGGUGUCCAGCCACAUACAGGUUCUAGCUCGGAAGAAGGUGCGCGAGUACCAGGUUGGCAUCAAGGUCUCUAGCCACUUACAGGUUCUAGCCAGGCGGAAAUCUCGGGAGAUUCAAUCCAAGCUGAAGGCCAUGAACUUGGACCAGGUCUCCAAGGACAAAGCCCUCCAGAGCAUGGCGUCCAUGUCCUCGGCCCAGAUUGUCUCCGCCAGCGUCCUACAGAACAAGUUCAGCCCACCCUCCCCUCUGCCCCAGGCCGUCUUCUCCACUUCCUCACGGUUCUGGAGCAGCCCCCCUCUCCUGGGACAGCAGCCUGGACCCUCUCAGGACAUCAAGCCCUUUGCACAGCCAGCCUACCCUGUCCAGCCACCCCUGCCGCCAACACUCAGCAGUUACGAGCCCUUGGCCCCGCUCCCCUCAGCUGCUGCCUCCGCGCCCGUGUGGCAGGACCGCACCAUCGCCUCCUCCAGGCUGCGGCUCCUCGAGUAUUCCGCCUUCAUGGAGGUGCAGCGAGACCCCGACACGUACAGCAAACACCUGUUUGUGCACAUCGGCCAGACGAACCCCGCCUUCUCGGACCCGCCCCUGGAGGCGGUGGAUGUGCGUCAGAUCUACGACAAAUUCCCCGAGAAGAAGGGUGGCCUGAAGGAGCUCUACGAGAAGGGGCCCCCUAAUGCCUUCUUCCUCGUCAAGUUCUGGGCGGACCUCAACAGCACCAUCCAGGAGGGCCCUGGAGCCUUCUACGGGGUCAGCUCCCAGUACAGCUCGGCCGAGAGCAUGACCAUCAGCGUCUCCACCAAGGUGUGCUCCUUUGGCAAGCAGGUGGUGGAGAAGGUGGAGACCGAGUACGCCAGGCUGGAGAACGGGCGCUUCGUGUACCGCAUCCACCGCUCGCCCAUGUGCGAGUACAUGAUCAACUUCAUCCACAAGCUGAAGCACCUGCCCGAGAAGUACAUGAUGAACAGCGUCCUGGAGAACUUCACCAUCCUGCAGGUGGUCACCAGCCGGGACUCCCAGGAGACCCUGCUCGUCAUUGCUUUCGUCUUCGAAGUCUCCACCAGCGAGCAUGGAGCCCAGCACCACGUCUACAAGCUCGUCAAAGACUAGGGCGCCCUCUGCGCCCCCCACAAAUCCGGGACGAGCAUCUUUUCCACACGCCUGCCUGGCCCCCCACCCAGGGGUCCAGGAUCGAGGACUCGUCGGCCUGCCAGGCCUCAGGCCCGGGACCCAGGAGGCCUCCCCACCCACCCUGCACACACUCCCUGCCACUGUUCUGCGCUUUCACUGAGGGAGAAGAGGAGGGCCCAGCCGUGGGGCAGCCUGGCCAAGACGUCGUCACCGGCUCUGCCCAGCCUCCAAAGAACGGGGGGACACCUUUGGGCUCAGGCCACGGGCCCCUCAGGGGGCUCUGAGGGCAGAAUGGAGAUGAGGGAGCCACCGUGCAGAGGCCCCCGAAGGAGAGGGUCAAGCUGAGGUCAGGAUGAGAAAAGAGAGGGGCCCACACUCUCUGUGCCCGCCAUGUGCCAGGCCCGGUGCAGGCCCCGCAUGCCGAUUGCCACCCUCAGACCCUGCGGGGCCAGCGUGGGGCUCCAAGUCUCAGCGGAGGGGCCUGGGGGGGGCAGGGGGGCAGAGUUGGAGUCCCUGCCCGGGCCCACCUGUCUCCAGAGCCCAGGUUCACACUACCCUCCAGAAGAGGGGGUGGGAGGGAGGGUCUGCACUGAGGGGCUGGGGGCCUGAACAGACCACCACCUCCCAGAGCCCCUGCAGCUGGCAGUCCAGCCAGGGGCUUCAGGAGUCCCGUGUGGGGACCUCCAAGCGGCCGACCCCAUCCCCAGUCCCCAGCCACAGGCAGCCUCCUGCCGGGGUCUGGCUCCCAGGGAUAGGCCCAGGCUCAGAAACAGGCUGGAGGGUCAGAUGGGAAGAUAGAGCCCCAGCCCCUGGGCAGAGCAGCGGCACGGGGACAAGGGGUGGCAGAAGCUUUGACGUUUUCUCAUGCUAAGACUUGUGUCUGGCGGACACCGGCCCCUUCUGUUUCCCCACCUCAGUCUCUGGCCUGGAGCCCAGCCCCCCGCCCGGUUCUGGGACUGAAGAUUCAUCUUUGCCCUGCUGCCCCCCCACCAGGCCCCUCCAGCCUUGUCCUCCAGCCGCCCCAGGGUAUUUAUGAGUUUCCCAUGAAGUACUGUGCCCCUUCCCUUCCUCGCCCCUCCGCCCUUGAGCUUCCUGAAGGUCCUCACGGUUUGCAUAUCGCUCAGGCCACCUCCAGACCCAAACUAGGUUUUAUAAUGUAUAUUAUAUAUUUUUUGUGUAUUUUUUAAAUCCAGCUGUGAUGGGUUAUAUCAUAAAUGUGGCGCAAGGUUGGGGCAGGGGCUCUUGAGGCCCAGCUCCUGCUCAAAAAAAAAAAAAAGAAAAAAAAUUAAAGUUAUUUGUUUGUGGGUUAGUUCUGUGAGCAGUUGUGUAACAGACCUCUGGGUUGGGACAGCUUUGGGGCCCCCCUCCUGGAUCAGGGCCUGGUGUGUCACACACACACACACCCCCCUCUCCCCUGAGCACUACCCACUCUCAAAACAGAUAUGAUUCAAGGGUCCUGUGAAAACUUUGCCAACUCCAACCUUUCUCCCACCCCUCCUGUCAGGUGGCAGCGCUGGCCUGAGUGCCUUAAUGCUGCGUUGUCUCUUUAAGGGACGUGACUUGCCCCAGGUGACUUCAAUACGGAAGUGAGUCCCCUGUUAAGUCUCCGCAGCCCACAGUGGCUGUUACUGGUCCUCACUGCCUUCUCCUCACUCUACAUAUGAAGAAAGAGCCUCAAAGAG